AUGCUGAAGGAAGAGAAGAAUGGGGAAACUUAUGGAUGGAUUUUUAUUGAGCUCAGCCGAGGAGUCACGACAUCAAUGGAUUUCUUAGGAGAUUGUUUACCGACCAUUGAGAGAGGGGGCCUUGGAGGGAAGAAGAAGAUGAAGGAUGUGGAUAAGCUUAGUGGUGGUGAAGCUUUUGACUAG